ACUCGUGUUAUACUGUUUCCCUUUUCCCUCAUCCCUUUCCUUUUCAACUCUAAUCGCUUAUUGCAUCGUUUCAUGUCGUAUUGCUAUUGCACACCACAGUUCAUCCCCCCUGGUCACCUUUUUCCCAAUUUCGCAUUUAUUUUUCACAAAAAUCGUCUCUUUUUUCUGCCCAUCUCAUUUUCUGAUCCAAUAUUCCGGCAAUUGAUUUUGCUGCCAUGGAAGAUAUGGCUCUUGAAAUCAGUUCGGAUGUUGAAGUUGAUGAGUUGAGGGACGAUGAUAACAUCGAGGAAAAAGAUGUUAGUGAUGAGGAGAUUGCGGCGGAAGAACUGGAAAAGAGAAUGUGGAAGGACCGGAUCAAGCUCAAGAGGAUCAAAGAUAAACAGAAGCUUGCUGCAUUACAAGCUGCAGAGAAGCAAAAGGCUAAGUCUACCACGGAUCAGGCUCGCAGGAAGAAGAUGGCACGGGCUCAAGAUGGUAUUUUGAAGUACAUGUUGAAGCUCAUGGAAGUCUGCAAUGCCCGUGGGUUUGUGUAUGGUAUUAUUCCGGAGAAGGGUAAGCCGGUCAGCGGUGCAUCUGAUAAUAUUAGAGCUUGGUGGAAGGAGAAAGUGAAGUUUGACAAAAAUGGCCUUGCGGCCAUAGCCAAGUACGAGGCUGAGUGCCUCUCGAGGGAGGACGGGCUUGGCACUCACCAAGGGAACACUCAGAGUGUUCUUCAAGACUUGCAAGAUGCGACGUUGGGAUCACUUCUGUCAUCUUUAAUGCAACAUUGUGACCCGCCACAGCGGAAGUUUCCACUGGAGAAGGGUGUGCCCCCGCCGUGGUGGCCAACAGGAAACGAGGAGUGGUGCGUUAAGUUGGGGUUUCCCCAGGGUCAGGGUCCUCCAUAUAAGAAACCUCAUGAUCUGAAGAAGAUGUGGAAAGUUGGGGUUCUGACGGCUGUUAUAAAGCAUAUGUCACCUGAUAUUGCAAAGAUUAGGAGACUGGUUAGACAGUCGAAGUGUUUACAGGAUAAGAUGACUGCCAAGGAGAGCCUGAUAUGGUUAGGUGUUUUGAGCAGGGAGGAAACUGCGAUUCAGCAACUAAGCAGUGAUAAUGGCUCAUCUGGCGUUAGUGAUUCACUGUCGAAAGGUCGUAGAAAUAAGAAGAGGCCUUCUGUUGACAGCGAUAGUGAUUAUGAUGUCGAUGGCAUUCAUAAUGGCUUGGGAUCUGUCUCAUCUAAGGAUGAUACAAGAAAGCAAUCCACAGAUAUUGUGCCUAUUGAACCGGCAGAUGAUGCCUUAACUCAACCAAGCAAAGACAAAGAGCGCGUACAGAAGCGUCCAAGGAAAACAAAGAAACCAAGACCUGAUAACCAACUGACUGUACCAAUUCUCAGUGAUCAGCCACAUGUCGAUCCCGAAUACAUGGUGACAGAUGAAAAUCACAAUGAUAUGCAGUUUGGUGGAUACUUGACGAAUGGGAGAGAGGUAGAAAAUAAUGAACUAACAUCUGUUAGACUCCCUGAAGUGCCAGAACACAAUACUCGUGGUCAACCCUGCUUAGUAGAAUCUGAUUUGAACUAUAUCCGCCCUGACCAUUCUUCCCAUACUAUCCCCAUUACCCGUGCUUACCCGAAUAAUGGGCCAUUAACUUAUUCAGCGACUCAGAGUGGUGAUUUUGAACCUCCUCAUCCUCAUUUAAUUCGCGAUACUCGAGACUUUCAUUUGCAAAAUGCACCUCCAGUAUCCAAAUUUAACGGACAGUCUGAAAGUUCUGCACUACAGCAUCAACCUAGAGAUCAGGUGUUGCAUCUUGAACCUCAAACUUCUCGAUGGCAACAUGGGCCUGAAGGUCCUACUCUACCUCUGGACUUGGAUAGUUCAGGGCUUCAUCUUAGACCAGCUCAUAGUUUUGCUGUUUCCACUGCGAAUCAUCAAGGGGAUCCGUCAAUGGCAUGUUUCAGUGACAUACAUUAUGGAUCAGGGGAUUUAAAAUUCCAGUUACCAGCAUUACCUAAGAAUGGAAACGAUGUUCCUGGAGGGAAGUUCCCACCUUUUGCAGAAGAUACAUUUCCGAAUGAGCCAGAUGGUCUGCCUGAGACACAUUUUCAAUCUUCUCUCAAAAGUUUAUCACCAGAUUUACCAGGAUAUGGAGCUUUUAGCCUUUCAUUUGACGGAACAAGUUCGUUAGAUACUGGUGAUUUCGACUUUGAGUUUAACGACAACUCUAUUGACGGCAGCAACUUUGAUGCAAUGAUGGAGUACUUUGCUUCAUAAGUUGGUUUUGCUAAUUCAUUAUUCAUAGGGGCCAGGUAAACCUUUUGUACAAGGAAGAGUGGAUCUGUGCCCUUUUAACUGAGAUGUUGCAGUAAAUUUGCUGUUCUGAUCUUCCAGACUGUAAGAUGUUAAAUUAGUUUUUAGUUUACUUAAAACUCUUGGUCAUUAAGUUAAGUGGCCUAAAUAGUUUUGUGCUUGUGAAUGAGGAGGUGGUUUUUGGCAGUUGUUGAUAUUUUAGUUUUUUAAUGUUCUUUUAUGUCUAGCUUGUGUCAAUCUUUACUGUCUUUAGCAUUCAGUGUCAAUGGAAACCUUGUGCAUGCCUCCAAAUAUUUUUUAAUUUAUAUUCUUAUUAUGAUACUCA